AUGGCCGACCAAAAGACUACGCCCACGAACCCCAUGAAAGACCUCAAGAUCGACAAGCUGGUCAUCAACAUCUCGGUGGGCGAGUCUGGUGACAGACUUACGCGGGCAUCCAAGGUGCUGGAGCAGCUUACUGGCCAAACGCCAGUGACGUCCAAAGCUCGUUACACCGUCCGUACCUUCAGCAUUCGUCGUAACGAGAAAAUCGCUGUCCAUGUCACGAUCCGGGGUCCGAAAGCAGAGGAAAUUCUUGAGCGUGGUCUCAAGGUCAAAGAAUACGAGCUGCGUCGACGCAACUUCUCCGAUACUGGCAACUUCGGUUUCGGUAUCCAAGAACACAUUGACUUGGGUGCUCGUUAUGACCCUGGCAUUGGUAUCUUUGGAAUGGACUUCUACGUUGUCAUGGGUCGUCCUGGGGCUCGUGUGGCCAAGAGAAGACAACAAAAAGCCCGCAUUGGCUUCCAGCACCGAGUCAAGAAGGACGACACUAUGGCCUGGUUCAAGUCGCGCUUCGAAGGCAUCAUCCUCGUAAGACAUGCAGGCGACUCUGACUCUGAUUCUUCGAGCGAUGCAGAGGAGGAGAUGUCCUCAACCGACGACGAAUCCGGCUCUGACGAUUCCCCUGCUGCCGCUAAAGCACCGGCCCCACGAAACAACAUGGAUCGGUUUUUGGUUGGCGCUGGCGGGUCUUCAGACAGCGACACAUCGGAUAGCGACUCUUCAGAUGACGACGGGAAUGAUGGAGAAGACAGCGACGAUGACCAGCCAGUUCGCAUUUUAAGUGCCCAUGAAAAACGCAUGGCAGAGAUGGAGGCUACAGGAAAAGUUAUGGACAACGCCCUCAAAAUCAACGACUGGGUAGCAAUAUCUAACGAAUUUGACAAGCUUGUUCGCAUGAUCCAACGCCAAAGCAAUGUCGCAGAACCCAUUCCCCCCUUCUUCCUUCGCACUCUGGGUAGUCUGGAAGAAUCAGUGAAUACAUCUCUGGCGAAAGAAAAAGAGGCCAAGAAGAAAACCAAUGCAACAAACGCCAAAGCGCUCACCGCGAUGAAACAAAAAAUCAAAAAGGCUCUCAGAGACUACGAGACAGAUGUCAACAAGUUCAAUGCUGACCCAGAAGCCUUCCAGUCGGAAUAUAAUGCCUUGGUAGCACAACAUGCUCCCGCUGUACCUGCUCCUGGCGCUACCGUGCGAACUACGACUGUCGACGAAGGUGAUGGCCCCGAAUUCCAGAAUGUGGGCCGAGGCGGUCGAGCGUUGCAGUACUCUGCAGAUGUCAUCCUCAAAACUCUACAAGCCGUACAAGAGGCGCGAGGUAAAAAGAACACCGACCGGGCUGAACAAAUACGCAUACUGGAGAAACUGUUAGAGGUUGCUGUCACGCCUUAUCAACGUCUGCGAGUGCUGCUUGCGCUCGUAUCCUCCCGCUUUGACUACAACUCUUCCGUCGCGUCUCAUAUGUCUAUUGAUCUCUGGCUUUCUGCUCAGAAGGAGGUGGACCAACUGAUAACCAUUGUCACUUCGAAUCCUGCCUAUUCUGUUCAAGAGAUCACAGAAGACUACGAUGAGUUGAAAGAACGCUUCCCUGAAGAUCCUGAGGAGCAAGGGGGAAUUGUUCGUAUCCGGGGCAGCAUCAUCAGUUUCGUGGACAGGUUGGACGACGAGUUCACCAAGAGUUUGCAAAACAUUGACCCACACGGCACGGAAUAUAUCGACCGACUAAAGGACGAGCAGGUUCUCUAUUGCACUAUCUCCCGCGCGCAGGCAUUUUACGAGCGGACGAAGCAAGACGAUCCUUUGAGCAGAGUUGUGAUGCGGCGGCUAGAGCACAUUUACUCCAAGCCAGACGCUGUUGUUCAAGCUCUCGAAACAACGGCGGAAACGUCACAGUUGAAGCCCGCUAUGAGUCUCACGAGUCUAGGCACGACCUCCAGCCUAAUUCACGCUCUCUGCGUCUACUUGUACAAAUUUGGCAAUUCCCUUCUCCGCACGAGAGCCAUGCUCAGUCACAUCUACCACCACGCACUCCACAAUGACUUUCACACGGCACGGGACAUGCUGUUGAUGUCGCAUUUGCAGGAGUCGAUCCACUCGGCCGAUGUUGCUACUCAAAUCCUCUAUAACAGGACCGUUGUUCAACUCGGCCUUUGUGCCUUCCGAUGCGGCUUAAUUAAGGAAGCUCAAGCGACAUUGCAGGAGAUCUUUACGACCCAAAGAGUCAAAGAAUUACUGGCCCAAGGCGUGCAUGCUACGCGGUAUCAAGUGUUGACUCCUGAGCAAGAAAAAGCCGAGAAACAGCGGCAACUCCCCUUCCACAUGCAUAUCAACACCGAGCUGCUUGAAGCCGCAUUCUUAGUUUCGAGUAUGCUGGUCGAGAUACCGUUACUGGCGAGCAUUGACUCGGAGGAGCUCAAACGGAAAGCCAUCUCCAAGCCCUUCCGUCGGCUACUCGAUUUUGCAGACCGUCAAGUCUUUACCGGCCCUCCAGAAAGCACAAGGGAUCAUAUAAUGCAAGCGAGUAAGGCACUCCAGGAUGGCGAUUGGGAACAUUGCCGCGAUCUCAUCCAGAGCAUCAAAAUAUGGAGUCUGAUGCCUGAGGCCGCGACAGUCAAGGAAAUGCUUGCCAAACGCAUCCAAGAGCAAGGGCUGCGGACGUAUCUCUUCACCUAUGCCCCUCAUUACAGCACCCUCUCGCUCUCGCUGCUGUCGAGGACAUUCUCGCUACCAUUGCGUGCGGUGACUUCGGUUGUCUCCAAGAUGAUCUGGAACGAGGAGUUGUCUGCCUCGCUUGACCAGUCGACUGGUGUUGUUGUAUUCCACCGUAUCGACCUUUCUCGCACGCAGCAGUUGGCUCAGACGAUAGCGGACAAGGUUGGUGCCAUGGCCGAGCAAAACGAAAAAGCACUCGACAUCAAAAUGGGUGGUGUUGGCGGGUGGAAUGACCGUGCGGACGGAAAUAAGGGCGAGAAACGGGAACAGACUCAAGAAAGACGUGGUCGUGGAGAACGGACAAGAGGGACAAGGGGUGGUGCAAGAGGGAGAGGUACUCGCUUCGCACAAGGCCUUGGAAAUGAAAUGCCGUCAAGGACAGGCUAG